GGCGCCGCGGAGCAGCUGCCAGUGGCGAGCCGAGGGGUGCCCCUGCCGGGCGGGCGAGUGUGCGGCCCGGCCGGUCUGACGCUGUCAUGAAGGAGGUGGCGGUGGGCGAGGAGGACGGGGAAGUGUUGCGGGACUAUUUGGCGUACUACACGGCUCGAGGGGCGGAGGGGGAGCUGGUGGUGUGCGAUGAAGCCUCCCUGAAGGCGAGGGCGCGACGGCUGCUGGGACCGCGGCGGCGCGGCGCCCUGGACGUUCGCUGCAUGGCGGAGCGGUGCCGGGGGGCCCGCGGCGAUCGGGCCGGCAGCGUCCUCAGCGACCUGCGCAAGGCGCUGGAGGUGCUGGAGCUGCUGUGUGUCAACCUGCUGCUCUCCCCGUGGCGGAAAGAGAUCAGGUCGCUGAAGACAUUCACCGGUAAUUUUGUCUACUAUAUUCAAUCUGUGCUCCCAGAUGACAUUGUAAAAACAGUACUGGAGAAAAUAGGUUACAUUGCAACAACAGCAACAGAGUUUUCACUUGUCAAAAAGAGAAACAAUGAAGAAACGAAGCAGACUGCCUUUGAAAUAUUCCUGGCAAGAAUUGAGUGUGAAACCAUCCUCGAAAUGACAAAUGAAGAAAAACAUGGCAAUUUGGAGGAGACCUUACAGAAGAGAACACAAAUGCACCAGCAUCAUCGAAAUAAAGACAAAGAAGAUCAGACACCCCAGAGAGAAGACACUGAAAAUCUAGAAAGUAAAGAAAACAGUGAGACAUCUUUGUGCCUUGCUACUCAACAGAAAUCUUCAUCUACUAGUGAUAGAUCCUUUGAAGCUGCUGGGGAUCUGAAGAUCAAAGAUGACGUGCCUCAGUUAGCAGUUGCUCAGUGCACUAACAGGCUUCAGAAACACCAAAGACAAAUCAUUAACACUGUACAUUUGCCAGGCAAAUGCUCAGACAGUGAGGACUUCUUUAUCAAAUAUAGUGACAUUGUGAUAAGACAAACACCUAUUUUCAGUGAGAAUCUUUCUCCAGAACCUUUUGAAAAAAAGCCAAGAGCCAGUCUAAGUGAAGAAUGUGUUUUGGCAGUCACUGCAGUGUCAGCUGCAAAUGAGAUCAGGCCUGUGCCACUCUCACCAGGAGCAAGUGGUCCACCAGCCUUUGCAAUAUUUGCUGACAGCUCUUGUGACAGUAGAACCACUUUGGAGUACCAAGCUGAAGAAGUCCCUGAAGCAUCAGUUGAAGCAGAAAUUAACGAUGCCAUAAAUUGCAUAGACCCGGACCCUGCAGAUGAACCCAAUGAGCUGAAGUCUCUGCCAUACAAGGACAUUGCAUCUGUCAAAAACUGCAGUGUCCCUAGGGAAGAGGAAAUCUGUGAGCUGUCUUUAACCUUCACAAAACUACAAAUCAAGGACACUCAGAAAGACCUUACGUAUCCAGUAGAGGAAACUGGACAACCUGAGUCAGUAUCUUAUGCAAGUACAAGUGACAGGCAUGUAGGAAAAUUUAAUCACUCCAAAAUAAACCAUACAUUUCUGACUAAUGCUCAGAUUCAAAACAGAGCAGCUGCACAUACUGAGCUGUCUUCAGAUCUACGCUGUUCUACUGGGAAUGUGGAGGAUUCCACUACUGGUUCUGAUAGCAAAAGACUAUUAAUGGAUACUCCUUAUGCACAUACAGCUUCUGCAUGCUUCAGACACAUUAGAGAGCCCCCUAACCUCACCUACAUUCCACCACAAAGCAUUGAUGUUCAGUCUUCACGCAUAAGAAGGACCAGCACAGAGGGCAGAAGGAGCCUCUUGCAGCCUGAAUGCGACUCUCCCAAAUCCAGUGAAGUAAAGCUGGAGAACUGUAAUUCACAAGUAAAUGAAAUCCAGGAGCCUUAUGUCAUUAUUGACAAAACUGACCAAGGAAUGUUAUGCCAUCACACUUGAGUCUACCAGUGCUUCUAUUUGUAAUCUGCCUGGGUUUUUUCCUCUCACUUGUGGCCUUCAUGUUUUCAAGGAGGUAAUUAGCUUUGUGAAAA